AUGAGCUCGAAUAAUCACUUACCCCCAGAGUAUUAUAAUCUGGUACGAAGCAAUGACAAACCAGAUGAAUUCAAUUACUUGCGAGAAAUGUUCUUAGACGUGCUGGAUGCCCAAAUCGAGGUGGCAUUAAUGGAAUGUGUCAAUGAUGUGGAAAAAGCUGUCGAUUAUAUCUUAUCUAUGAACGCCAUUGGAGACUUAGACGAUAUGGCAGUGACGACCCCCGAAGGUACUACUGCGGAUCGUGACGGCAGUGGUGAUUUUAUGGAAGUCAUCCACCAUAAUGAUUUUUACCGUGAUAAAUCAUCAUCAACGCUGAACCCUGAGGAAGUUGCGGGGCAGAAACAACGACAAGACAAGCAACGGUUUUUGUACAUCAAUAAGAACUUGAAAUUCGAUCAAACUAAAGUUUCUGAACACUUGAUGGAGAUGUUGAUGAGUCAAUUUGGCGUUGGGGCGGCAAAGGGAGUGACAUGGUCGAAAUUAUCGCAUGACUCGACGAAAUUGGCAGAAUUGACGAGGAUUCCGGUGGCCCAAGCAAGGUCAGCGAUUCAUGCUAGCAAAGGGGAUUUUAGUAAAGCGAUUUUUUUUGUGAUUUGUCGAAAAGAACAGUUUGAAGCCAUUGCCGCUGAUGCCCAUCCGGAUACUGUGAAGACCAAGCGGAAGGCUAAGAUUGAUAUGCUGGAGGUUAGAAGAGUCCAGCCCAAUUCUUUUUCGCAAUUGAAUAUCAAUGAUGAUGAGAGAUAUCUUGAUGAGGAAGAGGAAAAAUAUGACGAAGAAGAGGAAGAAGAGAAUAUAGACGGGGAUUAUGAGAAUAUUGAUGCGUAUCUCAAUGAUAGUUACUUGGCAUCAUUGCAAUAUAUCUUGGAACUCAGUGACGAAUUCUACAAAUUGUCGUAUGAGUUCUAUAUUAAAGGAUUACGGCAUUUCAAAGGUGACGUUGAUGCGAUGGUUGUUUUGGCAUGCGUAUUGAUAUCAGAAAAACGAACCGAUAUGAUUUGGAAUUUGAAGGAUUCUGACAAUUGGCAAACGAGCACCGAGUCGAUGUUGAAAGGUAAACAGCGAUCGGUAUUGCAUGAACGGAAAUUCCAAGGAAGUAAAGUUGUGGAUGUUCGGACAGAGCGUAAAGUGACUAGGGGUCCCGAAUAUUUCCUGAAAAUUGUGGUGAUUGAUUUCCAUCAUUUUUCUGUCCACGAGGCCCUUAACGAAUUGAUUUCGAUGCUUAAUGAUUGGUGGGCUGCUGAAUUGGUGGAGCGUGAACGUAUUGGUACGGUUAAUCCUCAUAUGAGGCGAGCAGUGGGAGUGGCUCCAUUGCACGUCAUCACCGGUAGGGGGAACCAUUCCGUCCGAGGUUAUUCAAGGAUCAAAGUGAAAGUAAGAAGUUAUUUGAUGCAAGAGAAGUAUGUUUUUGAGGAAGAUGUCGGGAUGUUUUUUGUGUACGGAAAGAAGUGUGUUUAG